AUGGAUAAUUUACAAGUCUUCGAGUUACCAGAUCCCCACCUCCACACAACUCCAGGCCUACAACCACCGGACGCAACGGACUCUCUGAGCGAUCAAAUAGACAAGCUUUUACGAACAUACUACCUAGUCGUCCGAGCACUCGCCACGGGCCACAACCCGAGUCCCAUAUCGGGACAUGGCCGACCAAGGCUCCCGCGCGAACUCAUAUACAUGAUAUGUUCGUUUGCGGGGUUUGGUCUGCCCAACGAAGCAGCAAGCAUGGUUACCGAUAAACCAAUAUUCGUGUCGUCCCGUGAUCCGACGCGCGUCUCGAAGCGGUGGCUUUGUACCGAGCGCUUGACCCGUAAAGAACUUAAAAACAUCGUAGCAGCUCAAAUCAUAACAGAAUCGCAUGAUCAAGGCUGGGCUGAUCGUCGUGAUAUCUGGUGGCGCUCAUGGUUCAGCUUACGAAUCAGUGGACGAGAUGAGCAUAGUUUGAACAGAAACGUAGAUCGAGAACGAGAAUGGAAAAGUCACUCGAACCAACUUGCAGACUACACAACCCGACGUCUCUAUGGGCUACUUUUCGACUCGAGCCACGAGAUAUGGAAGUAUCUUGAUGAAGGCGAUCGUCUCGAGGUCAUGGUCCAUGCUCAGUUCCGCGGCUGGGAAAAUCAUGGUGAACGAGGGAUUCUUAGGAUAUUCACAAGGUGGUGUCCGUCUGAAGAGUUUCUGAACAUCGUCUGUGGGGUUUCUAUUCCUCGGAUUACUAUUGCGCCUCCGGCCGAGUCCCAAACCCCGCAUAUACCCCCGCCAAUCAAUGUGUCUUUUGCGGCUUCUGCAAAACUUGAUUCCAUUCAUCUCAGGGAUGGACAUGUUCUCGUCGCAAAGCUACUAAAAAACGGCGAGUGGAACGAUACGUCGUUUGAGCUAGACAACUGUCUCGGUAACCUGGACGGAAAGUUCGGAUGGGGAUCGAAGGGAUUCUCGGCAUCUGCGAAAAAUACAAGGCUUGAUGUAUCGCAUGCGCCCGCUAUGGUUCUUUUGGGUUCCAUGUUGAGAAAGGAGGACGGUUCCUAUGACUGGGAUAUUAUUAACUUGAACGAGUGCGUCGUAAAUGUUGAUGGAGAGUUCAAGCUUGCACCAUCCAAGUAUCAUACUAGCCGUGACUACCCUGGUCUAUCAAAGGCCGCGUACCAUUGA